AGACAUUUUCCUAGUUGGUUGGAAUUGAAGAUUUGCAUUUGAUAUUUCGUUAUUCUUCCAAAAUCAGCAUUGUUAUUAUCUUCUAACGAAAGCCUAAAAACUCAGUACCAAAUUAUACAAAAUGUCUGGCCAAGUCCCAGAUACCGAAAAGUAUGCUCCAUCUGAUUCCGGUAGUUCUGAGGCAUCUGAUAUCCUUGAUUUGAAGGAUGAUGAAGGAUGGGAAGAUGCUGAGCCUGAAGAGGAAGAACAAAAUCAAUUUGUAUCAUUAUUAGAUGAUGAAGUCUUCUCCGAUAUGCUUGCAAUGAUUCAACAUUGCAAAGAGAAAUACGGCUUUGAUUUUCUAGAAGUCAGACAAAACCUAGGUCUGGACUUCUACGGCAGUAUCAAACUUACCAAUUACCUAAGAUCCAAAACUCAAAAUGGUGAAAAGCCUUCUCAGAGUAUAUCCAAGGCCGACUUAGAAGAUGAAAAAUAUCUUAAACCAGUUUUGGAGGAUGAUGCUUUUCUUUUCUGCCUUGAUGACCUUCCUGAUGUUGUCGAACCAAAUACCGGCGCAGAAAAUGGCAAGGAGGUCGAAUCUGGACCCCUGGUCACGCGUGUAGCCGAAUUAGAGGAAGAGCUCAGAAGGAUUCAAUCGCAAUUUGAAAAUUACAGAAACACUGUCAAUGAAACUCUGGAUGAGCGCUGGAACAAAUCUGCAGGCCCAUCUGCAACCAAAAAGGAAGAAAAGCGAGAUGAUGAUAGCCAUUACUUUACUUCUUAUUCAUACAACGGUCAGAUAUCCGCCACGUCCAAUACGGCCUAACUAACGCGUUUCAGAUAUCCAUGAGACUAUGUUGAAAGAUACUGUUCGCACCGAUGCCUAUCGUGACUUCAUCUAUAAUAACAAGUCUCUCUUCGCAGGAAAAACUGUUUUAGAUGUAGGCUGCGGCACAGGUAUUCUCAGCAUGUUCUGUGCUAAAGCCGGUGCAGCUCGAGUGAUUGGUGUUGAUAAUUCGGAUAUCAUUGAGAAAGCCCGUGAGAACAUUUUCAACAACGGCUUCGCGGAUAAAAUCACUUUACUCAAGGGUAAAGUUGAAGAGGUCAAUCUCCCUGUCGAACAUGUGGAUAUUAUUGUCAGCGAAUGGAUGGGUUAUUGCUUGUUGUAUGAAGCCAUGCUCGACAGUGUCAUCUGGGCUCGAGACAAAUACCUGAAGCCUGAUGGAUUAAUGGUUCCAAGUCACAUGAACAUGUGGGUUGCUCCUGUGGCUGAUCCGGAUUAUGUGGCCGACCACAUUGAUUUCUGGAGAGGCGUUUAUGGAUUUGACAUGAAAGCAAUGCAAGCCGGAAUCCAUGAGGAUGCUCAAGUACUUGAUAUGCCAGCUAGUACGAUCUGUGGCGAAUCUUUUCCAUUCUUGCAAUUGAGCUUGCACACAACCACUGUUAAAGAUCUUACUUUCAGGAGAAAGUGGGAGACAAAGCUUACUCAAGACAUUGAUGCAUUGGAUGGCUUCAUGAUUUGGUUUGAUAGUUUCUUCUUGCCCACGCGAACAGAUGAAGUUCCGGUGAAUGCAAAGGCCGAGGAGUGGGCAAAGGAGGGAAAGAAGGGUGUAGCAUUCACAACAGGCCCUAAAGCCAAGGUGACACAUUGGAAACAAGGUGUGUUGCUCAUCGACAAUAUUAGGGAACAAUCGAAGGAGCAUAAAUCAGGCGAGCAGAUUAGUGGAGAGUUAGAAUAUCUGGUUGCGGAUGAUUAUUCAAGAGCCUUGAAUAUUGGUGUGGACUGGAAGUUCAAUGGGGAGGAGGCUGUCAAUUCUCAAACAUGGAAAAUGAGAUGACUUGUUUUGUUGGCGAACGUGAAUGGGGAAAUGCGGUGUUGAGCCGGAGGGUAUCAUGAAACCGUCCGCAAUGAGGUAGAUAUUACAUAUGUGAGAGGAGAUUAGUCUUUACAUGUAUGGCUUUCGCCGGGGUAGAAACUUGAUGUAGAAAUUCGAUACCUGUCGGAACUAUUUAGCACAUUCUGUGCCCGUAGUCCAAAUAAGGUAGAACCUUAAAAUGAUCUACAUUGCUUGGUGUGACCUUUUGAACCUUGACCUGACCUUACAUCCUUCGUUACCGAAAUAUUAAACAUUAAUCCU